AUGAGCUCAUACUUCUCAUCCUUGACCACCUCUUCGGCCAUCUCUGGCCUAGGCUCACGACUCACCAACCUUCGCCGUGCCAUUACCCUAGGCGACGAGGGAGACGACCCUGACAACGAAGACUGCUCCCACAUCUCCAACGCCCUUCGAGCUUACUACACCGAAAAGGGUCGUCCAUUCCCACCAUGGCUCCCAAAAGACCCUAAGGGUCCGUCUCCGACCCCCUCCCGCCCGAUCGCGACUUCACAGCUACCCUCCGGUAACUACAACCAAGGGUCCGCCAACUCCGGCCGGAGCGGCGGUUUAGGCGAUCUAUGGGGUGAUUCUCCCACAUCUCAAACAUCGAUCCCACAGACAGCCAGUCUUCGUCGCGGACGUGGUGGCACAGCUCCGCCGCUCGCCUCUGCCAACAGCGCGCCGCCGGGCCCCUCCCCCUCCCCUGGUCCGGCCAUCACACUUUCUCAGUCCCACUCGCCUGCUGGAUCGGGCUCCCCCAUCCAUCUGGAGCGCGGCCAUUGCCCAGCCAGCGAGCUGGCUCGUCCGAAUCUCGAUCGUGUUGGGUCGGGUGGUGGUUCCGCCCAGGACCGACUGCGGGCCAGAUUACAGGGAGGAAGGUCUCCUAGUCCCAAUGUUGACCCCAGUGUUCGGAAGCCGGUUGGAGCGCCUGGAAGACGGUGA